CUCGUUGAUUUCCGUUCAUCAUCGGUAUAUGAACAUGGCGAUCGUUUCCUUACGAAGCUCUGCGUCCUCGCUGUUGUUGUUUAGCAGAAGAUUGUUCAACCCGCAGCUGAAUGCUCUCUGUUCAUAUCACGAAAAGGUGGUGGACCACUACGAAAACCCAAGAAAUGUGGGCUCUUUAGACAAAAACAACAAGAAUGUGGGGACUGGAUUGGUGGGUGCACCAGCCUGUGGUGAUGUAAUGAAACUUCAGAUCCAGGUGGACGAAAACGGCAAGAUUGUCGAUGCAAGAUUUAAGACAUUUGGCUGCGGCUCAGCCAUUGCCUCCAGUUCUCUAGUAACGGAGUGGGUGAAGGGGAAGUCGGUUAAUGAAGCUCUGAAGAUCAAGAACACAGACAUUGCCAAAGAACUCUGCCUUCCUCCAGUCAAGCUUCAUUGCUCUAUGCUUGCAGAAGAUGCCAUAAAAGCAGCGCUGUCAGACUACAGACUAAAACAACAGGACAAGAAGGAGGAAUGUGUACAAGCCACCAGUUAAUAUGUUGUUAUUAACUAUCAAUUAUGGGCCCUGUAAUGUUUCACUGCAGUGCUGUUUGAAAGGUUGGUUACCGUAAUACUACAUCAGGUUUUGCACCCUUCUGGGAGUUUUAUACCCUUAAAAAUCUCCAUGUGCAAGGGUUGUGGGGUCACUCUCUUGAAUUCAAGCUAAGAUUCCCAUAUUGUUCAAGUGCCAGGUGUUUAUGGUGUUUAUUUGUUUUUCAUCAGAAAAUCAGAAAUUGUUUCCUAAUUGAUUUUGGAGUCGAAAGUUCAUGAUGAAUAAUUUAAGAUAACUGAUCCCUAAAUUUAAACAAGGGAGCUCAACAUUGUUGUUACUCUGCAGCACUUUUCUACACAGAACACAAACAAGAUACGUCAUAAAUCAGAAUCUAUAGGCCCAGGUGUGUUUUUGUUUUGUAUAUUUUUUGGCAUUUGGGCUUUAAUUGGCUUGAUUGUAAAAGAUCACUGGUCUCUCGCGGAGGAUUCAGUAUGAAAAUGCAGUUAGGUCAUCAGCUAAAGUAUACAUACAAAAACAUAAUACAGAUUAUUGUAUGAGACUGUGUGCUUGUUGUCAAUUAAAUUAGUAAAAACA